UCCUCUCUACCCAUCAUUAAUAUAGGGAAAAAAAGAGCUCAUGAGAGGGUAUAAAUCAAAAUUAUACACUGAAAAAUGAAAACCCAGAAAAUUACAUUUUUCUGGGGCAAUUACACUCAAGUGAUCUUCUCAGGUUGGCCAGGACAAAGCUUCAGCUCCUACAUAUUAGCCUUGGUUUUAGUCUUUGUGCUUGGUUUUGCGGUAGAGUGGCUUUCGCACACGAAGAUCAUUAAAUCCAGCUGCAGCACAGAUAAGAUCACGGCGGGACUUCUGCAAACAGGCAUGCAUGGGAUUCGGGUGGGAAUGGCGUAUUUGGCAAUGCUGGCUGUCAUGUCAAUGAAUGUUGGGGUGCUGCUUGCUGCGAUUGCAGGAUAUACAGUAGGGUUCUUGAUCUUUGGCAGUUGUGUUUUUGUGAUCAAUUAUAAUGCUAAGAUGUCGUCGACGUCGAUGCAGCUGCCUUUCCACGAUGAUCCCGAUCUUCCUCCUUUCAAUUGCUGAUCAUCAUGAUCAGGAAAUAUUUAUGCACGUACGUGCAUGAUUAGCUACCUUUGCAGUUUUGUGAUCAUGAUCAUCAAAUUUUAUACCUGAAAGCUGUAUGCAUGAUGCAUCCAAACUCAAAUUGAUAUGGGGUGUUCAAGUUUAGAUUUUAUGUUGAUUAUAAUCUCUAUGAAUAUGAUAAGAAAAAUUUCCCGUU